CCACAGUUUCCUUAGCAACGCCUGCUGCCCAGUUAUACGGCAAAGGCUAGAGUGUUGAAUCCGUUUUAAAUUGAAAAGUUUUGGUCUUUCAUCGAAGCGAAAGCAAUGCGAACUAUUUUAGUUUAAUAGUUGUGAAUGUGAACACGUCUACGUUGUCGAAUUUUCAAGAGGACUCAACACUUAAAGACGAUUCAACCCCAUUGUAGAUGGUUUGGUUUGAGAGGUCCAAGGAAGAGCAAAGAUGAGCAAACCACAGAGCCACAGGAGGCCCUCAUCCACUAUGAUGUACCACCUGAGAGCAUCUAAGCCAGAGUCUGAGAGGGACUCCGGUUUCUCAGGUGUUACAAACACACGAAUGUACACCCUGCCUCUCUAUCAACUCUAAUCCAGAAAUCUAGGCCACCACCAUUUCCUCAGCGAAAUUGUUGUUUUGAGCACCAGGAGUGGUGACCAAUUUUCUUUUUUUUUUGCUGUGGGUUCACUCAGCUAUGACUAGGUCAGGGCAUGAUUCCCAUGGAAUCUUUACUGUGGCUGUGGAGUUAUUACCUCAAGCUGUUAUCUCUCUGUUACCCUUGCAAAUAUUUCCAAAAUUGCUCUUCAAGAUCUUGGCACAAAAAGAAAACAAAGGUGGUGGUGUUUCUAUUAAGUUUUUGUUUUGUUUUUUUCUCCUUUCCAGAUGCCAGCUCUGGGUACCAGAAUGUGAUGGACCAAACUGACUCGGAGGACAUGGUGAGGGCCCCAGGUCCCCAGGUGGCUGUAGCCGGAGGAUCCUACCCUGGCCUCUCCCCCAUGAUCAUCAUGAACAACAUAGUCCUGAAUCUGCCAAGCCCAAUGUCUCCAGUAGUAAAGCCCUGGGGCUUCCCUUCCUCCCUGGAGAUUCUCCCCCAGUCCCAGGUGGUCCUCCUCCAUCCCAUGGUCCCCAACGGCAGCAACAACAUCAGUAACAACAUCUCUCCAAAGCGUUCCUCAGACAAGCACCGGGACUCCAAGAAUAACUACCUGCCCAUACUGAAAUCUUAUCCAAAAAUCGCCCCUCACCCUGGGGAGAGCUCUUCCAGGAGGCAAGGGGCCUCUUCGGCUGAGAGGGGAAGUUCAACGCCUGGGUAUCACGGGAGGCGUAACCAGUGGUAUCGUCACCAUGGCGACAAACUGUACAGCUCCCAUAGCCCCCAGCCAAGGCCUCUGACACCCCUCCAAACAGUGGCCACCUUAGAGGUUGUUGACAAACAAACACAGCUGGCCAGCUCUCAGAAGCUGCCAAUACCUCAGUUCCUAGGCAUGCCUCACUCCCUGGGCACUGAGGCCACUGCUGUAGUCUCCAAUAAAGGUGCACCUGUGUCGGAGGCGAGCAGUUGCCAAGGCAACAACGACCGCUGCCAAGACGGCCUGUCCACAGACAACAACAAAGGUAAACGCUUCAGCAACACCUACAACAUCCUCAGCAACUCUGGCCUGCUGGGCAUAACGCUACGCAUCAAGGAGCUGAUCAGGCAGAACCGGCGCACCCAGGGCCAUUUGAAGCAGCUGCAGGAGCAGACAGAUCUGUUUGUGGAGGCCCUGGGCAGUGGUGACCCCCUGGUCUGGACUAGGCUCCAGCUGACCCUGCAGCUAGACACAGACCCUGCCAGGGCUGAGGAGGGGCAGUGUCAGGCCAUGGAUCCACAGGUUAUCCUGGCAUAAGACACUAGCAGAAGGAGGUGCAUGAAUCAUAAGCACACCUGCUGUAAACCAGUACAAAUGGAGAAACGUGCUUAACCCUUGAACCCUUGCCUAUAAUCAGUGUUCUGUUUAAAUAGCAAGUACUGCUUGCAAUAGGGCUAUGGCUUCUAGAUUAAUACAUCUAUCAAUACAUGCAGGGAAUAGAUACGGAUAAAAUAAUACAAUGAAUUAAUCCGUACCUGGCCAGAACAGUAACUGCUUUAUUAUGGGCGAAACAUCACUUUAUGACAACGAUAAUCAUUUUUGGGACCAAAAUGUAAAGAUGAUUUAAGUACACCAGACAUUAGAGUUUUGUGUACAUUUAAAAAUUGCUUUAAAAACUUUAACCAAUAAGGGGAAAUUAGGAACAGCUCUAAGAAUAUUUCAUAGUUGAUCGUAUUUAGUCAGAGAAUAUUUUAGCUAGCCUAGCAAUAUGUCCUCUUGUGUAUUCAGUACUAGACUAGCGCAGCGCUCAACUGUAUAUUACUGAUUGUGAUUCUUUAGAGGGCUGUACAUAAAGCUUUUGUAUUAUUAUGAUGUAUUUUUUUAGGUAUGUACCUAGUAUGUAUCUAGUGAAAUAUGGCCUUGUCCUUGAUGUUGCUAUUUCUUUGAAACCUGCCUUUGAAUUAGGACAACAUCAAUAACUGAAUAGAGUACAGUACAAUGCGUCUUUUGUUAAUUAAAGACCAAAAAAUUAAUGCCUGUUAAAUGCAGAAAAUUAUAGCUACUGAAGUGACGGCACCCAUUCUUAUGUAUGUUAUUGAAAUACUGUCUUGCAUUAUACACUGAACAAAAAUAUAAACGCAACAUGUAAAGUGUUGGUCCCAUGUUUCAUGAGCUGAAAUAAAAGAUCUCAGAAAGGUUCCAUACGCAAACAAAGCUUCUUUCUCUCAAAAAAAAAGAUGUCCAGCCCUGUUAAUGAACAUUUCUCCUUUGCCAAGAUAAUCCAUCCACCUGACAGGUGUGGCAUAUCAAGAAUCUGAUUAAACAGCAUGAUCAUUACACAGGUGCAACAUGUGCUGGGGACAAUAAGGCCACUCAAAAAUGUGCAGUUGCCACAGAUGUCUCAAGUCUUUUGAGGGAGUGUGCAAUUGGCAUGCAGACUGCAAGAAUGUCUACCUGAGCUUUUGCCAUAGAAUUUAAUGUUAAUUUCUCUACCAUAAGCCACCUCCAACAUUGUUUUAUAGAAUCUGGCAGUACAUCAAAUCGGCCUCGCAAUGCAGACGACGUGUAUGGUGUUGUGUGGGCAAGCGCUUUGCUGACGUCAACAUUGUGAUCAGAGUGCCCCAUGGUGGCGGUUGGGUUAUGGUAUGGGCAGGCAUAAGCUAUGGACAACAAACACAAUUGCAUUUUAUCGAUGGCAAUUUGAAUGCACAGAGAUAUGUGACGAGUUCCCAAGGUCCAAUGUCGUGCCAUUUAUCCUCCGCCAUCGCCUCAUGUUUCAGCAUGAUAAUGCACGGCCCCAUUUCACAAGCAUCUGUCAACAAUUCCUGGAAGCUGAAAAUGUCCCAGUUGUUCCAUGGCCUGCAUUCUCACCAGACAUGUCACCCAUUGAGCAUGUUUGGUAUGCUCUGGAUCAACGUGUUUGACAACGUGUUCCGGUUCCUGCCAAUAUCCAGCAACUUUGCACAGCCAUUGAAGAGGAGUGGGACAACAUUCCACAGGCCACAAUCAAGAGCCUGAUCAACUCUAUGCGAAGGUGUGUCGCCAUGUAUGAGGCAAAUGGUGGUCACACCAGAUACUGACUGGUUUUCUGAUCCACGCCCCUACCAUUUUUUAAAGGUAUCUGACCAACAGAUGCACAUCUGUUUUCCCAGUCAUGUGAAAUCCAUAGAUUAGGACCUAAUGAAUUAAUUUCAAUUGACUGAUUUCCUUAUAUGAACUGUAACUAUUUACAGUUCAUAUAAUUUACGUUGUUGCGUUAUUUUUGUUCAGUAUAGGUUGUACUACAUAUUACAUAAUAUUUCAUUCAAUAUUUGAGUUGAGGAAAAACCCCAGUGGUUGCAGGCUAAUAAAACAUUUCUUAAUGAUAAUGUUUUUUAUUCAGAUCUGAGGAGUCAGAUGGCUGAUGAAAAGUAGCAUUGUGUUGAUUGUUAUCUCUCUCUAACUCGAACUAGUCCUUCACAUGCUGUAUUGUACAUAACACAGAAAGAACUGUUAAAUGUUUUAUAUUUGAAGUUAUUACUAGUCAGCUCAUUUGUAAUUUACUAGAAUCCCACUCUUUGUGCUAAAGUGUCUUCAGCUGAAGCAGUUCUUGUUUUAAAGGACUUUACUGGAACGUUCAUGUAGGGGGAGUGGUAAAAAUAGCUUGGAAGUGAUCAUAUUUAUAUAUUUAAAUGCUAUUAGGAAUGAAUACUUAUUCAAAGAUUUUGUAUUUUAAAUGUGUUUCCUAAACGCAAGUUACAUCAUUUCAUUUGAGUUUUUCUUUGUGUUUUGGCCAAUUAUUUGAUUGUGCCUAUAAAAUGCUCUUUGUUCUUCAACUUUAACAAGAGAAAGUACUGCCAAAUGUCAGUCAUACAUGUGUAUGUCCCGGGACUGACAAAAUACUGAAAUGUAGGCCUAAUGCUCUUCUGGUUUUGUCCAGUGUGAUUAGAAUAUUAGUUACAGUAGGUGCUCAGUAUUUUCUUGACUGUACAUCUAUUUACUAGAAUGUAGCAUUUGGUAAUAGACUUACAACUGUUGUAGGUACUGAUAAUUCAUGUAUUAAUGUUACAAUGGCUCUCAAAGGUUUAGGUAAGCUAGCCUUCUCAAACUAUUGGCUCUCUAGUAAUACAGUAACUAGCUUUGUGUUGUGUGUUCUUAGUGAUUUGGAGGUAUUGAUAUGUUUUCAAAAUUGGUAUGGCAAAAUACUGCGAUCAUCAGUACAAAGUAAAGUACAGGAAAAUUCUAGCUUUGGAGAAUAGCACAAAGACCGUUUUAACCAUCAUUUACUGAAGUGCACUUUUUUUGUACUUUUUUAAAGAAAUAUUGUUUGCAUUGACAUGGUUGCUUAAUAAACAGUGGUUUUGAAAUGAUUUUA